UCACUACUGUCUUAUAAAACAGCAAAAACGACGCACUGCCAAUUUUAGUGUCCAGGUGACGAGGUGAAGAUGGAGAGACAUCGUCUGUCUGCUUUGCUACUUGUGUUGGUCCUCAGUGUCAGCACAGUCUGUGGUAAAGAGUACACAGAGACUGUGUCUUGCCCAGAGAACCAAAAAGCCUAUAAUGGCUCUUGUUAUGAGUUUGUGGCUCUGCAGCGCAGCUUCGUUAAUGCUCAGGCCGGGUGUGAGCACAGCGGUGGACAUCUGGCCUUCAUCCACAAUGAAGAAACACAGCAGUUUCUCCAGAAACAUCUGCAGCCGGAGCACAACUGGUGGCUCGGGUUAGCGUCUGCAUCCUUCAGCCUGAGCUUGACCUCUUCUAAGGAUCCGUUGUCCUGGCUGGAUGGAUCUGAAGUGAGUUACUCUAACUGGCUCAGGGAGGACGAUCCUGGCUCCGGCUGUGGCUACAUCUCCAAAGAAUCAGAUUUUCAAUGGGACACAACAAAUAACUGCAGCCAGGAGUUCUUCUUUAUCUGCGAGUUUGAGUCGGGACAGAGUCUAGCCUGUGUGGACAAUCACGCCGUGCUGAAGUGUGACUCUGGUCAGGUCAUAGAGAUCGAUGAGAGCUUCUACGGCAGGAACACAGUGCACUACUGCAGAGCCAACCAUUCUCUCUCGCACACAUCUGGACAGGACAGGUGCAGCUGGGUGGAUGUGGUGAGUGUGGUAUCAGACAUCUGCAAUGGCCAGCAAGUUUGUGAGGUCCCUGCAGAUACGCCAGCCUUUGGAGAGCCUUGUCCACAACUGGGGAGUUACCUGUCUCUAAAAUAUCACUGCAAAGAUGAACCCCAUUUAUCACCGAGAAAUGGAGCCAAAAGCUCUUCACAGUUUAAAAGGUCUUGGGAUUUUUUAUCAAAUUAUUGCUCAUGCCAAGAUCUACAUGACAGCGGAAAAUCUGAUGUUAAAAUCAAGUGUUUGACAAACUGUGACACAGUAGAUAUCACUAUGGAUAUUUCUGUACAAUCAGACCCUAAGGAUUUGACAGGUGUUGAGUGGUAUUACGUACAGCCGUAUGGUCCAGUUGUUGUGUCUCCAUGCAAGAAAGACAAUACCGGUAGGAUAACUCUGAGUCAAAAGCUUGGAGAUGGUGCCUUUUAUAAUGUUUCAAGUAUAUUAUUGAGAACCCUAAGGUAUAGCAUCACCAUUGUAGUAAAAGGUUAUAAAGAUGAAGAUCUUGGUUAUGGUUGCUACACUGCUCGACUCUCAGCAACCACCACAACAGCCAGAACCACAUCCCAAAGUCCAACCAGGAAUCCAUCAUUUACCACAAACCAAAGUCCAACCACAACCAGCUCCAGGUAUACAGCCUCCACCACCACAGUACUAACAUGUACAACAGAGCUACCCACGCCCAACUGUGAAAUUUCCCCUCCCGAUGGGGAUAUCUUCACUCCCUUCAAAGUCAACUGCACCAUAGACCAGAAUUUUUGCUGUUCUGGGCUUUGCUCAUUCUACCUGAAAACUUCUAAUGGUGAUUAUGUGUAUCAUGGCAACCAGGAGACCAUGCCAAACCUGUUUCUUCCUUGGAGUACAAAUGAGCUGAUAGUCAUCAUUAAGAAUAAUGCUAAUCAGACAAUCAGCACUACACUUAACGUCCAUAUCAACGAACACACCAAUGACUCUGCAGGGUUUCUACAGGAUGUUGUGUCACAAGCUGCGUCUCUGCAGAAAGCAGGGGCGCUUUCAACUCCCAUGUUGGCGCAGUUAUUUGAGAGCAUUUCCGCUAAGAUGAACAACAAUUCGGGAGAUGAGCAAAAAGCGCUGGUGGAGAACAUGUCUAAAUCUUUGUGUGAUGCGGUGGCCCAGGGAAAUACCACCAAUCUUCAUGAUGAGAUAAAGCUCAUUUCUUCCUCUAUCCUAAGCCUUGUAGCACAUGAAGAUCAGCUGACAUCUAAUGCUAAGACAGCAGCAUGCUGUGUUCUUGAAAACAUUAGCAAGCAACAAAUCUCUUUGUUCGAUGGGAAUGGAAAUAGUACAGCAGCCAGUGCUGCUUUGCCUAUUGUUUCUUCAGCCAGUGUUCUCCUCAAACUAUCUGGUAACAAUGACCAAAAGAUCUCUGAAACAUUACUCAAGACAAUGAAUCAAGUACAGAGCGCCAUGCUCGCAAAUAAACCGAUAAACACAGAGCCAAUAUUAUUAAAUUCUCCAUUCAUUAAUCUGUAUGUGAACAGGCUGUCCCCAGCUAAUCUCUCUGAGUCCCAGAUCAGCAGUGGGAACACUUCAGCUGCCUUCUCACUUCCGUCAUCGGUUUCUCGUCUGGUUCCUUCAGAUGAGCCAGUGAAUUUACGUAUGAUGAGCUUUGGGACAAACCCUUUUGCUUGGAACAAAGACGAGGAUGUUAGUGGAACAGUUGGGAGUCUUUCUCUUACCAGGGAUGAUGGCACUACUAUCCCAGUGAAAAAUCUCGAUGAGGAAAUCGAGAUUCUUUUACCAAGACUAGGUGCUGCGGCUUCAAACAAAACAUUUCUGAACCUGACAAGUUACAGCAUUAUGGCCAUCAAUGUGACUGCUCCAAACAACUCUCUGGUGAUGAAACUGGAACCUUCAGCUGAGACACCUUUGAUGUUACAUCUGGGCUUUCAGUACUAUCCAAACGACACCAAAUAUGUGGCCAAGAUCCAAUUACCUCAACCAAAUGGCUCACAAGAGGUCAAGUAUACAUGGGUGCUGAACCCAAAGGAUGUGCCACUAGAAAUGGGAGUUUACUAUCUUCUAGUGAGGCCUAUUGUAUCAGCAGGUGUGAAAUCCUCAAAUGUGACAGUGUUCAUCACAUCGAUUGCCUCUAACUGCAAGUACUGGAAUGAGACGGACAGCAGCUGGCAUGAGCAAGGCUGUAGGGUUGGCCCUCGCACCACAUCACUGGUCACGCAGUGCCUGUGCACUCACCUGACAGCUUUUGGGAGCUCGUUCUUUGUCAUGCCUAACACGGUCGACGUGUCUCGCACUGCUGAACUGUUUUCCACGUUUGUCAACAACCCCGUGGUAGUGUGCUUUGUUGGCGCCAUAUUCCUGGCCUACAUUAUAACAGUGAUAUGGGCACACAAGAAAGACCUUCAGGACAAAAUAAAGGUGAGAAUCACAGUGUUGGAGGAUAAUGACCCAUUGGCUGAAUAUCGUUACUUAGUGGCUGUCAGCACGGGGCAUCGCCAUGGAGCUGCCACCACGUCUCACGUUACGCUGACGCUAAUAGGCACUGUUUGGGAGAGUAAGCCUCAUCAUCUGACUGAUCCAGAAAAAAAUGUGUUUACUAGGGGAGGGGUGGACAUAUUUAUGCUCACCACUCCUUUCUCACUUGGAGAUCUGCAGAGCAUCAGGCUGUGGCAUGACAACUCUGGCGAGCAUCCUGAUUGGUAUGUCAAUAAGGUGAUGGUGCAGGAUCUGGAGACUGGACAGGUGUGGCAAUUCUUGUGCAACUCAUGGCUGGCCAUAGAUAUAGGGGACUGCACUCUGGACAAAGUGUUCCCUAUAGCAUCUGAGAAGGACUUAAAAGGUUUUCACCAUAUCUUUUUCACGAAGACAGCAAAAGACUUGUGUGACGGCCACAUCUGGUACUCUGUCGUAAAUCGACCUGCCAACAGUAAUUUCACUCGAGUGCAGCGCCUCUCUUGCUGUUUCUCCCUGCUGCUCUGCACCAUGCUAACCAGCAUCAUGUUCUGGGGAGUUCCCACAAACCCCUCUGAGCAAGACAUGGAAUUAGGCAGCAUCAAGUUCAACUUGCAACAAGUGAUGAUCGGCUUCCAGAGUUCCAUUAUUAUGUUUCCUGUCAACCUCUUGAUUGUGACCAUAUUCAGAAGCACCCGGCCUCGAAAAAAGAAAGAAGUAGCAAUAAUUCAGGAGUCCGAGCCUGGAUCUCCUAAGCAGGGGAAAAAACAUGCAGAGAGAUGGCGCAUUCAGACAAGCAUUACUAUCGAGAUUGUUGUCAAAGACAUAAAGAAAAUAGUUCGUGCCCUGGCUAAGGCAGUGAGGUGUCCUGUUCCAAACGCAGCACAGGAAUCUGAAAUGACAGACGUCAACACUUUACUGUUUGUACUGGAAGACAUCAUUCGGCAGCAGAAUUUCACUCUCGGCAAAUUUUAUGUAGAAGAUACCGAAAACGAUCACUUCUUAGUAUAUAAGCUCUAUCGCCCCUAUCUCUACAAACAGCUCCGGAAUUUGGAAAAAGAGCUGAGGCUGCUGGGUCCUUCGCAAUUCCCUAAACCAGAGGGCUACAUUCAGUCUGUGCUUCAGGUUCAAAAUAUGAAACAGUUGCUAGAACCGUAUCUCUACUCCAACCCUAAGGGCAACGAGGUCCACAUCGCCGGUCCUGAAGAAGAGAAAAAGAAAAAGUGUUUUCAGAAAGGCUUACCCUGGUGGUUUGUGAUCGUGGGUUGGAUUCUCGUCAUGGCCACUAGUGGUGUGUCGGCAUACUUCACCAUGAUGUAUGGGCUGACGUACGGAAAAGAGCGCUCCAUUAGCUGGCUCAUUUCUAUCUCAGUGUCGUUCUUUGAGAGUUUGUUCGUCACCCAGCCUAUAAAAGUACUUGGAUUUGCGAUCUUCUUUGCUCUAGUGGUGAAAAAUAUUCAAAGUGAGGAUGAGAAUUAUUUUCUACUGUUGAAGGACAUGACAUUUACCUACUCAGAGGAUCCUGAUGAUGUACGCAUUUCCAGAAGGGACAGCACAUGCGGGUUCUACCAGCCCCCUCCUCCUGCUGACAUUGAGAAAAUGAAGGAAAACUAUAUCAAAAAUAAGAAAGCUAUUGCAUUAAUCAAGGAGAUUAUCAUUUAUGUGGCGUUUCUGUGCGUACUACUCGUGGCUACGUAUGGUCAGCGUGAUCCAAAUGCUUAUUAUCUCACUCAACACAUUCAGCAACGUUUCAGCAAUGGCAUCACUGACAGCAUGAGCCCCGGAGAUGUGUUUACCUGGGCAAAUGACGUCCUCAUCAGCAACCUCUAUGGACAACGUCCAGGCUUCAUCACCGAUGGAAACUCAAAGCUUGUGGGAAGUGCUCGUCUCCGGCAGAUUCGGGUGCUCAAGGACUCGUGCAGAAUUUCUAAAGCCAUGCAAAGUGAUGCUCUUGAUUGUCAUGCGCCAUAUUCUUGGGGUAUAGAGGACAUGGGCUCCUAUGGUCCAGGCUGGAACCGUUCAAGAGAUGUAAAUAUGACUAAGAGCCUCCUCACACCCUGGCAAUACCAAACCCAGUCCAAACUCAGAGGGCACCCUAUCUGGGGCACCAUGGCUUUCUACAGAGGUGGAGGAUUUGUACUGGACCUGGGUCUUGACCCACAAGAAGCAAGCAGCAUGCUGCAGUACCUAUUUGACAACACGUGGCUGGAUGUGUACACCCGGGCGAUCUUCGUUGAGUUCACGGUAUACAACGCAAACGUCAAUCUCUUCUGUAUUGUGACCUUUAUGCUAGAAACCACCGCCUUGGGAGCGUUCCAGUACAGCAGCGAGCUGCAUAAUUUACGUCUUUAUCAGACCACGGAUGGCAUUAAUAUAGUGGCCUCUGAGGUCAUUUAUUUUCUUUUCAUUCUCUAUUAUAUGUUUGUGCAGAUCAAGAGGAUCAAGCAGCAGAAAUUACAGUACUUCAGGAGCAAGUAUAACCUUUUAGAACUGGCCAUCAUUCUUUUAAGUUUGGUUGCAGUGGGCGCAAUCAUCAAUAGGACAAUUCUGGGAAACCAAGAUCUGAAGUAUUUUCAGGAGCACAAAGACCAUUUCCCGAGCUUCUACGACACGGCCUCUGCAGACGCAAGCCUGGGGUACAUUUUGGCUUUCCUGAUUCUGCUCUCCACCAUCAAAAUGUGGCACCUGAUGCGCCUCAACUCCAAACUGAACCUGAUCACGCGCACGCUGCAGCGAGCGUGGAACGACAUCUCCAGCUUCAUCGUGGUCCUAAUCAUCAUGGUCCUAGCCUACUCCAUUGUGAGCAAUUUGCUGUUUGGUUGGAUUCUGUACACAUACAAGACUCUUCAAGAUUCCAUGUUGGCGAUUAUCGCCUUACAGCUUGGCAUUUUCAAUUAUGAACAGGUCCUGGAUUUGAACCCAGUGCUCGGUGCGUUCUUAAUUCUCUCUUGCGUCAUCUUCAUGACAUUCGUGGUGCUGAACCUUUUCAUCUCGGUCAUCCUUGAGGCGUUCAGUCACGAGCAAAAGCACUACAAGCCAUCUGAAGAGGAGGAAAUAGUAGAACUGAUGAUGCUAAAGAUCUGCAAGACAUUUGGAAUCCCAGUUAGGAAGAAAUGAUGAAGAAAACCAAACAUGACCCUCUUCCUUACACUUUGUCAUAUGCUUAAGAUUAAGCUGUUCUGUUUGUGUAGCUGUCAAAGAUGAACAAACUGUUCAGUGGGAAACUUUUGCCUUUAAUUUCUACUAAUAAAAAAAAAAUAAACAGGGAGAGAAAACAUCUAUUACAGUUUAUUUAUGUGGCUUACUGCUUUUUGAGUUUCUUGAAAUUUCAAGACUAAAAAUGGAUGAAAUAAGGUUCCUCAGGAAUUAUGUUUAAUGAAUAUGCUCUUUGCAAGAUUAUGCACAUUACUCUAUGCAUGUAGUGAACAAAAAAUGUGUAAAUUCUCGAUAUUAUCAAUAAAAUACGAGUACACAGACCUGGUUUUGGGCAUUGUACUUUUUAACAGUGAUACUAGAUGGGUGCAAAUAUGGAUACAAAAACCAAAAA